AUGGGCCCGGGCUGCCGAGCGGUGCGGCUGCUCGGGCGGCUCGUGGGGCGCGGGACGCUGAGACCCCGGGCCGGACCCCGGCUGGGGCUGCCGACGGCGGCGCGGCUGCCCUCGGCACCGGCUCUCGGCCGGGUCUGGCCGCCCGUGGGCCUGGGGCGCGGCCUGCACGGUGGUCCCCGGCUGGAGGAGGGCACGGCCGACGAGGGCCGCCCGACAGACCAUGCUACUCCCAGGUUUGACAUCGACACGCUGGUUUCACUUCUGAGGGAGGAAAACGCCAGAGACAUCUGUGUGAUCAGGAUCCCUCCGGAAAUGAAAUACGCAGACUAUUUUGUGAUUAGCAGCGGCACCUCCACGCGGCAUCUGCACGCCAUGGCCCACUACCUCGUGAAGAUGUACAAAUACCUGAAAUGCCAAAGUGAGCCCCAUGUUAAAAUCGAAGGGAAGGACACGGAUGACUGGCUCUGUGUGGAUUUUGGCAGUAUGGUGGUUCACUUGAUGCUUCCAGAAACCAGAGAGACCUAUGAACUGGAGAAGCUGUGGACACUGCGCUCCUACGAUGACCAGUUAGCUCAGAUAGCCCCAGAAAGCAUACCCGAAGACUUCAUUCUUGGAAUAGAAGACAACACUUUAUCCCUCACUCCCAUGGAGCUGAAAGGUGAAUAAAGUCAUGAACUAUUUAA